UCGGUGCUUGGUGGUUUUCGGCGUCUUCCGUUUGCUGUUCAGCUCGACGGCGGCAGCGAAUGUCGGUGGCUGGUGUUGGCUCUUUCUACGUUAAGGCCCCUGGGACCGGAUUGUACUUUCUCUUUCUUUGGUCUUUUUUGCAUUUGUGUUGGGACACCUGUGGUCUCUUGUAGUCUCCCGGCGAUGCUGCGUAUGUGCUAUGGUUGUAACCUCUGCUGGUUAAGAAGUAUGCAGUUAUCCUAAAAAAACACCGGAUGUGGGCAUGUGGCGCUUUUCUUUCCCUCGUCAGCCCACUCAUCCCCUUCCCGUGGUAGCUGUGUAGAGCGGUGAUUCGCCAUGGAUGGCCUCGAGUUCUUCUUUGAGGAAGCAGAAUCAGGAUUGGUUCCUAGGGUGGAUGCGGGCGAUGUUCUGGGUGGCGGAAUCGACGUUGUGGAGUCUGUGGUUGCUUCCAUCAAUGAAGCUCGCGGGCAAUCCUCUUAUCUGAUCUCUUCUGAACCCAUGGAUGGCGGGAGCGGCAAGGAGCAGUUCCGAGGGGUUGACGGAAUGGUGCCUCAUACCACAACGGUGGCAAUGGGGUCGUUGGUGACUCAAACGAUAUGGCCGCUCAGAAUACGACCACUGCAUCUAUGGGAGAGGAGGGGGAUGCCGAGGGUGCCGUCGUCGACAACUCAAAGGGGUCCUGUUGGACUCGACGGUAAUGAUCCAGCUUGGUCUGCAGGAGGUCCCAGCCAGACACGUGCUGAAGCGUUGGACAAGGGGUGCAAGGGAUAUACUCCCUCUAGAGUUUCUGCGUUACCAUAAGGACCAAGGUCCUCUGAAGUACUCCUCGCGACGACAUAACAAUCUGCAUCUGCUUUGCCUUUAGAUUGUUAGGCUAGGUUGUGACGCCCCCGAUUCAAUCGUACACUAAUCAUACACGCAAAUGUGUA